ACAAGGUGGCAGCUCCGAGAGAAACUGCUGCCAGAAACAAUAACAUUGAGAGCUGCACAAUUAUAAACUUUUACUCGUCCACUGAUUUGCCAUGUCGACGCUCAACCGACCCAAGUCGCCGCACACGCCCACGGCCAUCAAAAAGGGCGAAAAAGAGGAUAGUUUCUGGGACAAAUUUAGCACCCUGGGCCGCAAACGAGGAACUCGCGAAGUGAAAAAAGUUCAGGAGGAGGGAAAGUAUGCCAUCGACUCACCAGGAUCACCUAGUCAGUAUGACAUCCCACCUGAGGACUAUGCCCUGCGCGAACAUGAACAGCGCGCCGUGAUUGACCCACAGUCCAUAAACGAUCCUGUGGUACUGGAACUGCAGCGAAUCCUUGUCGACUGGAUUAACGACGAGCUGGCUGAGCAGCGCAUCAUUGUCCAGCAACUGGACGAAGAUAUGUACGACGGCCAGGUGCUGCACAAACUGUGGGAAAAGCUCACGGGAAAGAAACUAGACGUUCCAGAAGUCACACAAUCGGAACAGGGACAGCUCGAGAAGCUGAACAUUGUUUUGAAAGCUGUUAAUCAUACUCUGGGCUUCCAUCACAAGAUCCCUAAGUGGUCGGUGGCCAGUGUGCACUCGAAGAACCUAGUGGCUAUCCUUCAUUUGCUUGUGGCUCUAGUGCGCCACUUCCGCGCACCUGUACGUCUGCCGGAGAACGUGUUUGUGUCCGUGGUGAUCGCCGAAAAGAAUGCUGGGGUACUUAACGCACAGAAAUUCCAGGAGCAGAUAACCUCCGAGUACGACGACGUGGGCAUGCGCUGCGAAAAGGACGCUUUCGACACACUGAUCGAUAUUGCGCCCGAUAAGCUGGCAGUGGUGAAGAAAUCGCUGAUCACGUUUGUGAACAAGCACCUGGCCAAGCUGAACUUCGAGAUCACCGACCUCAACACGGACUUCCACGACGGUGUCUAUCUGUGCCUUCUAAUGGGCCUACUGGGUGGCUUCUUUGUCCCCUUGCACGAGUUUCACUUGACGCCCCAGGACACCGAGCAGAAGGUCAGCAACGUGGCGUUUGCCUUCGACCUCAUGCAGGACGUGGGCUUGCCCAAGCCGAAGGCUCGCCCCUUAGACAUCGUCAACAUGGAUUUGAAGUCCACCCUGCGCGUACUCUAUAGCUUGUUCACCAUGUUCCGGGACUACGCCUGAGAGCCAUUGCCAGUCAGCCAUCCGAUGCCCAUUUACAUUUUUAAAUAUUAACAUUUUGCAUGUUUUUACGCGUAAUUUAUAUAUGUGCGUCUAAUGGACGGUUACGUUUAUGUAUGUCGUAUGUCUAACCAUUGCGAGCUGUUAAACUGUUCCGCAUUGAGGAGCAGAGCUAACCCCAAAUCGAACCCCAACCCCAAUCAGGCGGCCAGUUGUUAACCGCUAAUAGUUGUUACUAAAUGAAUUUACUGUAUUAAUGAACAAUAAACGAAAAUGUGCCUUUGAAA